AUGUACCCCAAUCAGCAGUUUAUGAGGGGAAAAGUAAGGGAUCUACCGGAUUCUGGAGUGAUCUACUUGAACCGAAUCAAGCCGAUCGGUCAAGUGUUCCAGGAACCUCAAGGUUCCGUUGCUGAGGUCGAAAUGACUGUGGAGAACAUUCCGAAACCACAUGUGAGUCAAUGGAACAUCUCCAGAUGACUACUAAAUCGGUUCAGAAAGCUCCUUCUUCAUUCGAAAGAUACAAUUCCGAAGAAGAGCGCGCCCCAACUAGACCACCAACUACAACAACAACCACUACAACCACUGCCGCCCCCAUUCCAACCGAGCCGCCCGUUAUCUUCGAAAGAGUACCUUUUCUGUUACAUUUCCAGUUGAAACAAGCGUAAUUUCAGAAAAUCAGCGAACCAAAGAAAGCGUUGCAAAAAACAAAACCGAGCCAGCUGACCGUUCCAGAGCAAGCUGAACUGGACAUGCUUCUUGAUGAUUUGAUAAAGAACGAAAAUGUUCAGAAGGUAAAUAAUAUAAUUGUUAGUGCCGAAGUAGCAUUCGAAAGUUCCAGCCGACGCCCAAGAUCGGAAGAAGUGGUUCGAAAAAACACAUGGGCGCCAUCCCUCCACGCGUGAUUUCCUUCGACGGAACCGCUCGAGUUGACAAGCCGAGAGCGAGAGCUUUUGGGAGCCCGGUAUCCGUAAGAUUGCAGCCGAGGAAACUGUACAGUGUGGGGUGAGUUGGAGGGAAUGGGAACUCAACUUUAACUGAAAUUAUUCAGGAGCAGCGCUUCCCAGCGUAAUCAAGGUGCCGACUUCGAUCCAUGGGAGCGAAUGGGACAGUGA